AUGGCCCCCUCAGCCACCUACCCCAUCAUCAGCACCACGCACUCAGGCGCCGACCUCGAAGCCAUCUCCGACGCCGUCGACGAGAUAAACGUCCUCAAAUUCAAAGCCGCCCAACAAGUCACCGAGAUUCUCAACGACAACAACAACUCCUCUGUCCCAUCUUCUCCCACCUCCGAAUCCUCCUCCACCACCCAUGAAGAAGAAGAAGAAGACCUCGGCGACUUCGACACCCCCUCCCACUUCGACUCUUCAAAGGACCACUCCCGCUUCCGCCAAUACACCACCGCCGAAUCUCGCGUUCUCAACUUCUACACCGAACAACACACCAAGCAAACCGUCUCGCACAACCUCGCUGCUCGCGCCCACUUCAAUUCGCCCGACCGUAAGCGCCCCGAGAUGACCAUCUGGCAAGCCAUCGAGUGCUUAAACUCUUUGAUCGACGAGUCCGAUCCCGACACGGAACUCAGCCAGAUCCAGCACCUGCUGCAGUCAGCCGAAGCAAUCAGACGAGACGGCAAGCCGCGGUGGAUGCAGCUUGUAGGACUGAUUCACGACUUGGGCAAAUUGAUGCUUUUCUUUCAGUUGGCUUCAGGGCAGUGGGACGUAGUCGGCGACUCGUUCCCUGUCGGGUGCAAGUUCAGCGAAAAGUGUAUUUUGCAUGAGAGCUUUAGUGCGAAUCCGGAUUCGGGACACGCGGUGUAUAGUACCGAGCAGGGGAUUUAUGCUCCCGGGUGCGGGAUUGAGAAUCUGAUGAUGAGUUGGGGCCAUGAUGAGUAUUUGUAUCAGGUGGUGAAGGAUCAGAGUACGAUCCCGAGGGAGGGGCUGGCGAUGAUUAGGUUCCAUAGUUUUUAUCCGUGGCAUCGUGAGGAGGCGUACGGGUGGGCGAUGAAGGAGGGGGAUGAGGAGUUGAGGAGGGCGGUGAGGGCUUUUAAUCCAUAUGAUCUCUAUUCGAAGAGUGAUGAGCCGGUGGAUGUGGAGGCUGUCAAGCCCUACUACAUGGAGUUGAUCGAUGAGUUCUUCCCGAACAAGGUCAUCAAGUGGUAG